AAUUGAAGGACUGGAAGGAGUGACAGGCAUGCAUUUACCUUUGCGGUAGGGUAUGAGGUAAACUUUUUGAAAAUAAAAGUUCGUUGUUUAAUUUGUGUAAUCAUCUGUAUUUUGAUUACUUUAGGACACUCAACACGAUAUCUAGUUAUAAGAUAUACCAUACCCUUCAUGGCUUUGAUUGCUGCUGAUCGCGACCGCAAACUGAACCUCUCAAUAGCUAUUUGCAAUAAACCUGAAGCUGGGAGAGAAACUAUUCAAAGUGCGCGCAACCACAGGGACAGGAAAAUGAAGCCAAAUGAAGCGGAGUUUUCCACCGAUGGCCUGCCCAAGGUUUUCCUGCACAGUCUGCGGACGCUGUUUGACAUCCUGGAUGAUGGGAAGAAGGGGUAUGUGCAUAUAUCCGAGAUCGAGAGCCGGUGGCAGGGAGCCGACACGCAGGAUUUGCCGGGAGGGGUGCUGGAGUGCCUGCGGCGGGUCGCCCCACCGCACGGUUACUUGACAUUUGAGCGCUUCGUGGCAGGACUUCGGUACUCGAUGCUCAACCCCGACAACGGACACUUAAAGCCCCGGUCCGGUGUUCCCCAGCGGCAGCCACAGUUGCAUUACACCAGCCAGAAGCAAGGUCCUCCGCAACCACGGCAAGCGCCAGGGGUGAAAUCACAGGGCUGCGCCCCCGGUCCCCGUACCGGAGAGAUUAACGUGCGCCCACUGGGACCCAGCAAUGCGGUAAAUACGCAGCAGAACCGGGCCAGACAUGAGGACUUAAACCCUGCCAGCCAAGGGGAGUGGGGACCCACUACGGCCCCAAGCGUCCCAGCCCGGUACAGCAACGCCGGGUACGAUAGGACUGGCAGAAGUUUGGAUCGGAUCCCGGUUGCACCCGAAAGCGGUCCGCAUGCAGCCGAUUUGGUCAGAAAUGGUAAACAGCCGCAGCAAGAUCCAAGCCGGAGCAAGAUCCGAUCUAUAGAGUCACUGGCACUGGAGUCGCCACAGAUCCACAAAGGAAGUGGCGAUGAGGGCAGGGGGCUGCCCCGGUCGCGCAGUGAGACCACUGCGGGAUUGGCUGGAGCCAGGCGGCAUGGGCGGAGCAGAGCGGAACAGAGGCGCCACACCAUCAGCAACGGGGUAGACUAUGGAACGCUGAAGCAGAUGAAGGAACUGGAGCAGGAAAAGGACUCCUUGCUUGCUGGGCUGGACGUCAUAGAACGAGCCCGGGAGUGGUACCAGAACCAGAUCCAGAAUGUGGCAGAGAAGCAGAGGCAAAUGGGCCAGGCCAACCCAAGCACGGAUCUCUUCCCGGAGUCCGGUCAGGGCCGUGUGAACCUCCUGCUUCCCAAGUUACAGGACGUCAACCGCUGCCUAAAUGAUCUCAUAUCCUGCUCCGGAAUGCCCUUCACAUCUCAUGGUGCCCCACCACCGGCCAUCCCCUCGAACCCCCAGCCACCUCCACCCACUGCACCAAAUGCCAUUCAGAGACUGAAGGACCAGAACCGGCUCCUCACCCAGGAAGUGACUGAGAAGAGCGAUCGGAUUACCCAGCUAGAACAGGAGAAAUCUGCUCUCAUCAAGCAGCUUUUUGAGGCACGAGCUCGCAGUACCCAUGACAACAGCGCUUUGGACUCCACCUUCAUCUGAGUCCACCCAAAGGGGUGGGCACAACCAUAGGCUACGCCUUGCCCUGGCCACUCCUGUGACUGGAACCCCCGUAAACUCUACCUUCAUCUGGCCACUCCUAUGACCUUGACUACCUAGGCUCCGCCUUCAUCUGGCCACUCCCAUGACCAUGGCUACCUAGGCUCCGCCUUCAUCUGACCACUCCCAUGACCAUGGCUACCUAGGCUCCGCCUUCAUCUGACCACUCCCAUGACCAUGGCUACCUAGGCUCCUCCUUCAUCUGGCCACUCCUAUGACCUUGACUACCUAGGCUCCGCCUUCAUCUGGCCACUCCCAUGACCAUGGCUACCUAGGCUCCGCCUUCAUCUGACCACUCCCAUGACCUUGCCUACCUAGGCUCUGCUGUCAUCUGGCCACUCCCAUGACCUUGACUACCUAGGCUCCGCCUUCAUCUGGCCACUCCCAUAACCUUAACGACCUAGACUUCACCAUCAUCUCACCACUCCCAUGACCUUGAUUACCUGGGCUUCACCUUCACCUGACCCUUGGCGAGACACUGGCAUGAGGCUUGCCCCCCUUGUCCCUUGUUACUUUUUUCUACUAUGGAGUUCUUCCUGGGAUGAACCCUACUUCCAUCACUUGAAAAAAGCUUCUUAAUAAGAAGCUUAUAAUGGAAAAACAUCAGUCACUUUCCAAGUUGGAGUGAAUCCCAUUAAAGUCUUUUAUUACCUUUUUAAUGAGAAACUAUUUUCACCCUUGGUUUGUUUUAAGCUAUCCCCCUUAAUGGAGUGAUUUAAUUCUUCAUGAAUUUAAUUAACCUAAUAGUGGCUAUACACUUCCUUAUGGAUGGCUGGUAUUGAAAGCCAACAGGGAAUAUUUUGGCAGUGCUUUUGCCAAACCAAGAAGACGACAACCACUCAUCCUUCGGACCUUACCGUUAACAUGGAUGGAUUAGCUCAGUGCUACAUUUUUGAUUAAAUAUCAACACCCCCCCCCAAAUCCCUUCAGUGAGUGUGAAUGACCUGAGCAAGAGCAAAUAUUCCCCAACGGGGGAACGUGUGGGCGGGACGAGAAAGGAGCUUGCAUGCUGAAGAGGUUUGCGGCCUUGGGCUGUGACCUUCAUCUGAUUCCACCCCCCACGGCGAAUGGAAACGGAAGUGACUGGAAGGUGGUGCAGUUGGCAUCACGGAAGUGUUUCGGUGUUUGAUGGAACAAGACCCCUCUCAAGUUGGUGCGAGUGUAAUGCUGGGGAAGAGGUAGGUCACUGUAGGUCGAAUGAGCUUGAGUUGGAUCUGCAUGUUGUGAUCAGCUCCAAGUUGGAUUAAGUAAUAGGGAAUCGAAGUACAUUCUCCAUUCUACCCCUCCAUAAACAGUAACUCCCAAUCUUGGUGGUAUACAGAUUUCUUUCAGAAUGAAUGGGACGUCUGUUUACACUAUAUACUGCAUCGUGCCGAUAAUUCAGGCCACACAGACAUGCUGCUCUCCCCCGUCGUCUGUAAUCUGCAGAUAAUGGUUUUAAAGAAACUGACUGUUCAGUUCUGGUGUUCGGAGGGACUGUGUUUUGGAGCUUAUUUGUAUGCUGUUGCUUUUGAGGGGGGAUGUACCAAAAAAACUCUGUGAUGGGGGUGCUCUCCUUUUUGAAAAUGCGGUCCAAGGAAUGUAGGAAGCCAAUGGAAAUUUCUGUUUGUCACAAAUGCAGAUGGCAUUUCUGCAUAUGCAAUACAUACUGUUUACAUAUUAAUUAGUCGUUUGACUGAUUGAUGCAGUGUCUCGUAAGAAAGCCCGACAUGUCAGUUAUAUAAAAAUAUGUAAUAUUUUUAAAUGACAUAUUGAUUUUACCGAUAAGAUAAAUAUCUUUAGUUGGUUCCGUAUAUAUUAUAAAUUAGUGUCACCAAUAACAUCGUUUUUUUCAUGAGCCCAUUUAUACACACGGUGAGUUUGAGAAUGAGUACAUGUUAGAUCUAAAAAAGGAGGAAAAAUCCUUAUUUAUAGUUGUAUAACUAUUUAGUCUGGAUAAACAUAAAGGCACGGAACAAAUAUCAAGGAGCUAGUAAGCUGCCAACAACAACAUAAACCCCCCGAGUACAGCAUUUAACCUUUUUUUUUAAUUACUAAUUGAUUUUUGACAUGUUUUAGCAGUAUUGCAAAAUUGAAACCACUGUAUCAUACUUUACAGCACUGUCAACUCCUGCUUGACCACAAGUUUACUGAAACCUAUACAUGCACCACUGAUAACCUAAGCGAAUUCUAUUCUCCAUCGCAGGUGUGUUGUGUUAGCCGACUGCUGUGGGAAGGUGCAGGAGUGAUACUUGAGAAAGCUUAUGAAUGUAUUAAAAUAUGUAUUUUGUCUAUCCUACCUGCGUUUUGCAUUUUGUUUUUAAAUUAGAUCUCAUAUUUGAACUUUUACGAGUAUAGAGAAAUGGUGAGAGAUCCUGAUCACUUUUUGAACAGAGCUGUGUGCGUUUGUAUGUCAGAGCAUAUUGGGCAUGUGUUAUGGUUCCAUCCAUCGAACUCCAGAAGAAUUCACUCCAUUCACAGGCAUUUUCUUCUGUCAUUCUGUAUAAGUCUUUGUUUACCUGCUAUUGCUUGUAAAUAACAAUAAAGCAUUAAGUACAUAGCA